AUGGAGGAACAGGUGUUCAAGGGGGACCCAGACACCCCUCAUUCCAUCUCCUUCUCGGGGAGUGGGUUCCUUUCCUACUACCAAGCUGGGGCUGUGGAUGCUCUGCGAGACCUGGCCCCGAGGAUGCUGGACACGGCCCAUCGCUUUGCAGGGACAUCAGCUGGCGCGGUGAUCGCAGCCCUGGUCAUCUGUGGGAUUGAAAUGGAGGAGUACCUCAGAGUGCUGAACGCGGGCCUGGCCGAGGUGAAGAAGUACUUCCUGGGACCUCUGUCCCCGUCCUGCAAGAUGGUACAGAUGAUGCGACAGUUUUUGUACAACGUGCUGCCUGAAGACUCCUACAAGUUCGCCACCGGGAAGCUGCACGUGAGCCUCACCAGAGUCACAGACGGAGAGAACGUGGUGGUCUCAGAGUACAGGUCCAAGGAGGAGCUCAUCGAGGCCCUGUACUGCAGCUGCUUUGUUCCUGUCUACUGCGGCUUCAUCCCCCCGACGUAUCGGAGGUACAUUGACGGUGGCUUCACGAGCAUGCAGCCCUGUGCCUUCUGGACGGACUCCAUCACCAUCUCCACCUUCAGCAGCCAGCAGGAUAUCUGUCCGAGAGAUUGCCCUGCCAUCUUCCAUGACUUCCGAAUGUUCAACUUCUCCUUCCAGUUCUCCUUGGAGAACAUCACCCGCAUGACACAUGCGUUGUUCCCCCCAGACCUGGUGAUCCUGCAGGAUUACUACUAUCGGGGCUAUGACGACGCUGUUUCAUACCUGCGGAGGCUGAACGCUGUGUACCUUGACUCUCCCAGCAAGAGGGUGAUUUUCCCGAGGGUGGAAGUGUACUGCCAGAUAGAGGUCGCCCUUGGCCAUGAGCCCCCAGCUCAAAAUCAGCCGAGCCUCCCAGCCCAGAGGGGCCACCAUGAAGACUCCUCACAACCCCGUGUACAGGGGGCUCCCAAAGAGGAAAGAAAGGGUGGCCAUUCUCCAGCCUCCCCGCCAGUGCUGACACCGGAAUCCAGGGCCAGGGGGGUUGGGGAGUCACCCCAGGCCACCCCAGCCCCACCCCAGCCAUGCCCAGUAAUGAGGUCGGGGCUGCCCACUGGUCCCAGUGACAUUUGCCCAAUGAAUCUUCAACCUCCAAACCUGAAGCAAGGAGUGAAGGGCGGCCAUGAACUGGACUUGGCCACCGACCAUGGCCAAGGCACAAAAAACCUGCUGCCGGUGUUGCACACCUCACCGUCAGCUGCAGACACACACAGCUCAAAGGCUGGAUCCCCAAUGCCUGCUACAGCGCCUGAAUCCCUCGGUCAUUCUGGACUGCUGCUCAGACACUCCCAUGAAGCCACUGCAGCCCCUGGAAUUCUGCCCUCCAGGCCUUCACCACCACCUGCCCUGCCACCUGUGGAGGAGCUGGGCCCAGAGCAGCCCACAGCUGCAGGGCCUCCCGCCUCUUCACGGCUGACCGGCUCAGCAGCACCGGGCACCAGGAAGCAAGCCCCGCAGAAGCCUCUGCUUGUGGACAGUCCUGCUGUGGAUUCAAACAGGACAAAAAAGAUGUUCAAGAAGAAACAGAAGACAAAUGCCACCAGAGAAUGCUUCCAGAGAAACCCUCGGUCCAAGAAGCCAGCUAGCAAAAUGCAGUCUGCUCCUUGCCCACUGGACUUUCCUGUACUCUCCACUUCUAAGACAGUUUGGGUCACCUACAAGCCUCAUCCCAACCGGAUCCAAGAAUACAGCUGCCCUGAGGUAUGGAUUCCCUCUGGGUGUCUCCGAAGGGUGACCUUGCCUCUCCUGUCCUGGAGGGCUGUAUCAACCUGGAGCAUGUCCUCGGACCUCAUUUCUGCCCUUCCCUCCCUUCCUGGCACAGCCAAUAGUUAA